CCUUCCCUCCCCAGCAGCAGCACACAGCCUCAACCUCAAUAGACUCCAUCAAUGUAUCCAAAGACUUGACACCUCACCCAAAAUACAGUGGCAUUAUUAUAUUCUUUUCCUGUACUGCUGCUGUUAUAUUAGCAGCUGUAUAUAUAAACAUGACUUCCCAUCGAUAACUGUUGUGAAGCAAACCAGAAAGUCCUCUCAUCCCAAGCUUCUUUCCUUCUUUCUUUCACUCUCUUCAUCUUUUUUUUGCCCUACUAUUUCGUGGGGUUAUUUUUUGAGAGGUCUUCAGCUUUGUUUUUCUGUAAAUGCAAGUUUUGGUUGAAGAUCUGAUCUGGGUUGUGCUCUUUUUGGUGAAAAGUCUCAUCUUUUUUGCUCUUCCUCGGGGGUUUUCUAGUGAACAACAACAACAACCAUGCCUGCUCUUGUUAAUUAUGGUGGUGAUGAUGAUUUCUACGCUGGGCGGUCAAUCUGUUCUGCUGAUUCAGGGCUCGUGCUAUCUAUUGCUGAUGUUUAUUGCCCUCCUAGAAAACGUUCACGUGUUAGCGCACCAUAUGCUGUUGACAGUCGUUUGUUUGACAAAGAGCGGAACCCUUCCAUUGAAACUCUUCCUGACGAGUGCCUAUUUGAGAUCUUUAGACGCCUUCCUGGAGCACAAGAGAGGAGUGCCUCAGCUUGUGUUUCCAAACGCUGGCUCAUGCUCUUAAGUAGUGUCCGCAACUCUGAAUUUUGCAGGAGCAAUAGCCCUCAGGAACAAUUAGCUACUAAAGAAGUGAAGAAAACAGAAAGUGAUGUGGAAAUGAUCUCUGCUGAUGGAGAUAUGGAAAUAGAGUGCAAUGGUUACCUUACAAGGUCCUUGGAAGGAAAGAAGGCAACAGAUGUUAGACUAGCUGCUAUUGCUGUUGGGACUGCUUGCCGUGGAGGACUCGGUAAGCUUUCAGUCAGGGGAUGCAACUCUGUUCGUGGAGUUACAAAUAAUGGUCUAUCAGCAAUUGCCCAUGGUUGCCCUUCUCUGAGGGCACUUUCUCUGUGGAAUGUCCCAGCUAUUGGGGACGAAGGUCUGUUUGAGAUUGCAAGAGAAUGCCAUUCAUUAGAGAAACUUGACCUUUGCCAGUGUCCAUCAAUCUCUGACAAGGGACUAGCUGCAGUUGCAAAGAAUUGCCCAAGUUUAAGUGCUCUGACUAUUGAAUCAUGUUCAAAUAUCGGGAAUGAGAGUCUGCAAGCUAUUGGAAGUUAUUGUCCUAAGCUUCAAUCAAUAACUAUUAAGGACUGCCCUCUUAUUGGUGACCAAGGGGUUGCAGGUCUCUUAUCAUCAGCCUCAGUUGCAUUGACAAAGGUGAAACUCCAAGUUCUAAAUAUCUCAGAUUUCUCUCUGGCUGUGAUUGGUCAUUAUGGCAAGUCCAUCACAAACCUUGUGCUAACUGGACUUCAAAAUGUGAGCCAGAAGGGCUUUUGGGUUAUGGGCAAUGCUCAGGGUCUACGGAUGCUAUCUUCUUUAACUAUUACUUCAUGUAGGGGGACUUCAGAUUUGAGCCUCGAAGCAUUGGGCAAGGGGUGUCCAAAUCUGAGGCAGAUGUGUCUUCGUAAGUGUUGCUUUGUGUCUGAUAAUGGGCUGGUGGCUUUUGCUAAGGCUGCUGGAUCUCUCGAGUGCUUACAAUUGGAGGAGUGCAACAGGAUCACUGAAACAGGAAUUCUUAAUGCGCUUUCAAACUGUAAUUCAAAAUUAAAGUCUCUUUCUAUUGUCAAGUGCAUGGGAAUCAAGAGCAUGCCUUCAGAAACUCCUGCCCUUUCACCUUGCGAAUCUCUUCGAUCCUUGUCCAUCAGAAGCUGCCCAUGGUUUAACAGUACUAGCUUGGCUUUGGUGGGGAAGCUGUGUCCCCAGCUGCAUCACUUAGAUCUUAGUGGCCUUUGUGGAAUAACAGAUGCUGCACUUCUCCCACUUCUGGAGAGCUGCGAGUCACUUGUGAAGGUGAAUCUAAGUGAUUGUGGAAACUUGACGGACAAAGUAAUUAUAGCAUUGGCUGAGCUCCACGGUGCAACACUUGAGUUACUAAAUCUUGAGGGUUGCAAGAAGGUUACUGAUGCAAGCUUGGUAGCGAUAGCGGACAGUUGUUUAUUUCUCAAUGAUCUUGAUGUUUCAAAGUGUUCCAUCACUGAUUCUGGUGUUGCUGCCCUGUCCAAUGGAGUGCACUUAAAUCUGCAAGUCCUCUCGUUAUCCGGUUGCUCCAUGGUAUCAAACAGGAGCUUGCCUCAUCUUAAAAAAUUGGGAGAGACUUUGGUUGGGUUAAAUCUCCAACACUGCAAUUCCAUAAGCAGCAGUAGUAUUGAACGGCUGGUUGAAAACUUGUGGAGAUGUGAUAUCCUCUCCUAGCCAGGCGACUAGGAGUUUGUAAAGAUGUUGAUCUGAAUGGGUUGCAGAAGAAGUAGAAGCAUAUGUGACACAGCCUCGUACAUCUGGCUCAGAGAGGUAGCAGCAUACUGAAACCAGUUUUUAGGCCAUCAUCAGUGAGACUUCUGGUAGCUCAGUCAGUGGCUUGGUCAUUUUCCAGCAAACCAUGGCGACUACUUUUCAACCUUUUUAGCAGGCUCCAUUUUCUUGUUGAACGGCGGCCUGUUGCAGCUCUUUUAGUUCCCCCUGUGGUCGGGACUGCCUCUUUCGAGCGCCAUGGCUUGCUGAGAAUCAUACAGUUACUGGGUCCUUUUUUCAGGUUUCCACUCAUAGCUACAUGUCAUCUCGAGUUUGAGGUUCUAGGGUUGUAGUCCCCUCCACUCUGCAUGUUUUAGCUGGUCAUGCGUUUCUCGUCCUUGGUGCUUUGAAUAAGAUUCCUUUCUGGCUCUUCCAGUUAUGAGGGAUUCAAGUAGGAGGUCAAUAAUCUAUGUAUGUAUAUGUAAUAAUGUUAAAAAGCGUCGAGCUCUCUUGUUGGGAGUUCACUGAGUGUGGCAGCUCUGGGGGGCAGGUUCUGGAGCAUGAGUGCCUGAUUUCAUGGGGCUUUGGCAGCGGUAGCUAGUUCAUCUUUGUUUGCCGCAACGACCAGCUCGCUGGUUGUUUUUCAUCGCCAUAGUCCUUGUUUUUUGAUAGGGUCUGUCGGGUCCCUAUUGUUUUCAGGUUCCUUCCAUGCUUAUGAUCUGUGUACCAUGAGUCCUCUAUGUACUACGAGACACCGUGCGAAUUGUGUUUCAGUCUGUCUGUUUAUACAAGUUUAUUUUCUUUCAAGUGGUAGUAAAAUCAUGUUGUGUUCUUUGAA